AUGACUUCCGGUGCCUCUGUCCUUCUCUCCCUCAUCGCCCUUAUCGCAUCUGGUGUCAAGGCUACUGCAGCGCACGGUGAGCACGGCUGAUCAAAGUACACAACCUCCCCUCGACGGUCUGCGAUGCAAUCCCAUCCAUGGAUGGGAUGGAUGGACGCAGGUGGUCGUGGUCACGCAGCUCCUACUUCUCCACCUUGGGCUCUGAAGGCCUUUGAUUGCAACGGUGAGACAGACCAAUCGUGAGUACCAGCAUGUCGCGCCUCUCCAUGUGUGCGCAUUGCGAUGCAGAGCACCACAAGUGCGGCAUCGACAACCCCUGCGGCGACCCCAGUUUGGAGUGCCGCACGGCGGAGGAAUACUGGGAAUGCAAUGAGACGGGCUUCAGUAAGCAUUGCAGGGGGAGGGAUUCACUGUCUGCAAACCCACGCACGUCGAUGCAUCAAAUCAACAGGGCUGAAGAAGCAAAUCUACUUUGACGAGUACAACCGGCAGUUCGGUAAGAGCAGACUCACCGGAGAGACACGGCAUGCACGGAGGCACACGGACCACUUGUGAAUGCGACACAUGUACGUACGUAUGCAGAUUCCGCAGGCCGACGGACCAUCCACAACUUGCGUGACCCCAAGCUGCCUGCUUACUCCCAGUGGAUCCGCGAUACCUUCUUCAGCCACUGCAUGUGCUGCGUCUUCAUCCCCGAAGCAGACUACGACGACGAGCAACUGCCCCCUGUCGGCAGCGAGCGAGACAUUCCCGCCUGGGCGUUCAGCGCCGAACCGAUGAGGGACUACAAGAUCCCCCCAGGCGUCUUCAUGCCCGAGCCAGACUACGACUAA